CACCAACAACGACAUGACAAACAUACGCCUAGAAAGUAUUCUCAUGAAACAAAUGAGAAAGAAGAAAAGAGUCCACCCUUCACAUUCAGAAGACAACCAACACAAAGGGCACAUACGCAAGUGCGCAAGAACUGAUCUUGACGGAAAUACCACUGUGUGCCAGCUUACUUCUUCUGACACCCAAUCUUCCCCCCAACUGCCCAUUCACACUCCAGAGAAUGUUCUUGGGGAUUUCUGGAAAUGACGAACAAGAACGCACUGUGAAGUUGAUAGGUGAACAUUACGUGAAUAACUGUCACAAACAGUUGAUGCUCUAUGUUGCUGGCACUGGAGGAUCUGGUAAAAGCCAUGUCAUUAACACAAUUGUCGAAUUUUAUAACAGGUGUAAUUGCAGCAAUGAAUUGUUAUUGAGUGCCCCCACAGGUUGCACUGCUGUCCUCAUCAGUGGUUACACCAUACACUCAUUGACAUCCCUACCAAAAUCUUAG